AUGAAGAUUGAAGAGUUAAUUAUCGAUGGAUUCAAGUCGUAUGCGACCCGGACGGUAAUCUCUGAUUGGGAUCCUCAAUUUAAUGCCAUAACAGGGUUGAACGGUUCAGGCAAAUCGAAUAUAUUGGAUGCCAUAUGUUUCGUUCUUGGUAUUGCUUCGAUGACCACCGUAAGGGCCUCCUCGCUACAGGAUCUGAUAUAUAAGAGGGGUCAGGCGGGAGUGACGAAGGCUAGUGUUACCGUGGUGUUCGACAACUCUGACAAGUCGAACUCGCCCAUUGGCUUCACAAACUCUUCCAAGAUCUCAGUUACAAGACAAGUUGUUCUUGGCGGUACUUCCAAAUACCUGAUAAACGGACAUAGGGCUCCACAGCAAUCGGUGCUGCAGUUGUUUCAGUCGGUUCAACUGAAUAUCAACAACCCAAACUUCCUUAUCAUGCAAGGCAAGAUCACCAAAGUGCUGAACAUGAAACCUACAGAGAUUCUGUCGCUCAUUGAGGAGGCUGCUGGGACGAAGAUGUUCGAAGACAGAAAAGACAAGGCUGAGCGAACGAUGGCUAAGAAGGAAGCAAAAUUGCAGGAAAAUAGAUCCCUGCUACGAGAAGAGAUCGAACCUAAAUUGGAAAAAUUGCGAAAUGAGAAGAGAGUAUUUAUCAAAUUUCAAGAGAUUCAAUCGGAGUUAGAGAAGACUGAACGGAUUGUUCAUGCGUUCAGCUAUGAUGAGAUGGCCAGCAAGAAGGACUCAUUUGAUCAGCAUUUGAAAACAAGCAGCGAGCAGUCUGAGAAGCUGAAAGACUGCAUUGCGAAGAUCUCAAAUGAGAUUGAUAGUCUGAACGAGGAUUUCCGAGAAACGAAAAAGGCAAAGCAGAAGGAAAUCGACGAGCAGGGCAAGCUCUCUCAUUUGGAGAAAAGUGAAGGUGAGUUACUCAAUGAGCUUUCAAGAGCUAAAGCACAAUUAGACAUCUGUAACGAAAACCAAAAUGAUGUUGAAAUGAAACUGGGCCAAACAAAGUCGACCAUCGAGAAAAAUGAAAAGGAAUAUCAAACCAAGUUAGCUAAAUACAAAGAGACUGAGAAAACGUAUCGGGAGCUCAACAAGAAACUGGGAGACCUGAGAAAUGUGCAGAAGGGGAAAGAGGAGUUGCUCUCGGCGCUACAAACCGGUGUGUCGUCUACAGGCGUCGCGGAUGCAGGAUACAACGAGCAAUUGAGCGCAGCAAAACAAAGGUUGAAUGAUUGUGAACUAUCGGUAAAGAAACUGACACUUAAGAUGGAUCACUUGCAAAGGGAGUUUGCAUCAAAUGUUCCUAAACUACAGCAGGCUGAGAAGGAACAGGCUGAAGGAGCAAAACAUGUCGAGAAAUCUCAGAAAAUGUGCGAAGACCUCCAAAGACAGAUUGCGAACUUUGGCUACGAUGCUGCACUUGUGAACGACUUGAGAAAAGAGCAGAGUGAUUUGAGACAGCAGCUCUCAAAGCUUAAUAACGAAAGUUCCUAUCUGAAGCGAAAAGUUGCUAAUGUGGAGUUUACUUACUCUCAGCCGCAUCGAGAGUUCGAUCCGCUAUCGGUCAAAGGUGUUGCUGCGCGGCUAUUUACGCUGUCAGAGCAAAAUUACGACAGCGCUACGGCUUUACAGGUUUGCGCCGGAGGGAGGCUUUAUAACAUCGUUGUAGAUAACGAGAAGACUGCUUCAAAACUGCUUGAGAGAGGUAGGCUACGGAAACGUGUUACAAUAAUUCCUUUGAACAAGAUAGCAGCAAGAACACUCGAUAAUCAAAAACUUGAACUUGCCCGAAACCUUGCUCCGGGAAAGGUAGAAUUAGCCUUGAAUUUGGUUGGCUAUGAGGAAGACGUUUCAAAAGCUAUGCAAUUUAUCUUCGGGAAUAGCUUAAUAUGCCACGAUGCAGAAACGGCAAAAAAAGUCACUUUCCAUCCACAGAUACGCACGAGAAGCAUAACAUUACAAGGUGAUGUUUACGAUCCUGAAGGUACUCUAUCUGGCGGUAGCAGAAGCAACACUACAUCUUUGCUCAUCGAUCUCCAAAAAUAUAAUGCCGUGAUGCAGCAAAUACAGGAAAUGGAGACUAGAUUGAAGUCUUGUUCCGAUAAAUUAGAUGCUCAGGAAGCAGCGUUUCGGAAGACCAAGGCUCUGCAAAAUGAAUUGAGCUUAGCACAUCACAAGCUUAAAAUGGCCCAGAGAGAUUUGGAAGGCAACGACGCUGCCCAGAUCAUCAAAAGGAACAGGGAGUUGCAAAAAGAAAUCGAGGACUGCAAAAUCGAAAUCAAUUCUAAAACUUCCUCAGUCAGAGAAUAUGAAAGCGAAGUACUAGCCAUCCAGAAUGACAUAGAGGAAUUCAGCCAUGACAAGGGAUCUAAGCUAGCGCAAUUGAAGCAAGAAUCGAAGUCGUUACAUGGAAAGAUCGAAUCUUUAUCGGAGGAGGUGGAAACUGUAUAUGACGCAUAUCAAAGCCUGCAGCUCGAUACUGAACAGCUUUCAACUGAAAUCUCAUCAGCGCAUGAAGCUAUUCGGGAACUGACUCAAAUGCGGGAGAAGUUAGAAGCUCAAAAAAGGUCAAUAGACGUUCAGAUGAACUCUGCUCAAAACAGUCUAAACAGCAUCCGAGCUGAUUUAAAGGAAGAGCAAAGACGGCUUCUACAUAUAAAUGAGGAACUAAAUGAAUUAGACACCAUCAUAAAGAAUAAAAUUGAAACAAGGAGAACCUUCGAAUUGGAGCUCCAAAAACUAACAAAUGAUCUCAACAGAUACAAUAACAAUUCUAGCUCAAUCCAUGAGAAACUAUCCGAUCUUCUUCGAGACCAUGACUGGUUGAAAGAUAAGGGACUUGUAGCUGGUAUAAUACAGCAAAACUGCGGAAUAAACCUUGAGCAGACUAGAGAAAGGCUCGCAUAUUUGCAGGAGCAGUUUCAGGAACUAAAGAGAAAGGUAAACCCCAACAUUAUGAGCAUGAUUGAGAACCUCGAGAAGAAGGAAAGCUCGCUCAAGGCAAUGAUAAGCACAAUUGAAAAGGACAAGAUCAAGAUUCAAGAAACGAUAGCAAAACUGAAUGAGUAUAAGAAAGACACUUUAAUUAAGACGUGGAACAAAGUUACGGUUGAUUUUGGUAAUAUUUUUGCCGAUCUUCUUCCCAAUUCUUUCGCUAAAUUGGUGCCUAUUGAAGGAAAAGAAGUAACUGAAGGUUUGGAGGUCAAGGUUAAAUUGGGCAAUGUCUGGAAAGAGAGCCUCAUAGAGCUCUCAGGUGGGCAGCGCUCUUUGGUAGCAUUGUCCCUAAUCAUGGCACUAUUACAAUUUAGGCCGGCACCUAUGUAUAUCUUAGAUGAGGUGGACGCUGCGCUAGACUUAAGCCACACGCAAAACAUUGGCCAUCUUAUCAAAACGAGGUUCAAAGGUUCUCAGUUCAUUGUGGUCUCUCUAAAGGAGGGUAUGUUCACAAAUGCCAACAGGGUAUUCCGGACAAGGUUCCAAGAUGGGACUUCCGUGGUAGGUCUCAUGUAA